UACAUGGAACACCUACUGUGUUUAUUCUGCUGCCAAAAUUGUGUUUUGCACCCCGUGCGCACCAUUUCGUUCAGCCUCCUGGUAGUACUUGCUCAGAGUGGAGCUCAGAUAACAUCUAGGGUGGAGUUUCGACAGAAGACUGCACACCUUACCUGAGCGGAAGCAAGAGACAUUAUUAGCAUUUCCCUGUUUGCUUGGGGAGAGAAGACAGCAGACGUGCGACAGAGGCAACUGGACAGGACAGCCUGCCACAAUGGCCUCGACCAUCGACCUCCUCCCAGAGAAGUCCUUGCUGUGCUCACUGUGCAAGGACAUCUUCAGCAAUCCAGUCACCACACCGUGUGGACACAGCUUCUGUCUGUCCUGUCUCUCCGACUUCUGGGCGCGACACCAGUCCAGAUACUGUCCACGUUGCCGGAGGCUCUUCACCGACAGGCCUGACCUCAGCGUCAACCACAUUCUGUCCGACAUCUCAGACAACUAUAAGAAGACCAAGGCGCUGAAACCUCCUGAGGAAGAGACGGUUAUGGACGUUGAGCAAAUGAUUCAGGAAAGGCUGCAGAAGAUAGAGAGGUUAAAAAGUUCUCUUGAGCUCCAAAAGAGCUCUUACCUGAGAGAAGUGCGAGAGAGCCAGAAGGUCUUCUCUGCCCUGGUGAGCGCCAUGGAGAAGAGCCACAAAGCGUUGGUGUUGGCCAUUGAAGAGCGCCAAAGGGAGGAGCAGAAGAAAGUGGAUACCCUGGUGAAAGAGCUGGAACAGGAGAUCCAGGAACUGAGGAAGGAGACCGCUGACCCGACUCCUGACCCACCAAGUUCUGAUAAAGCCUCCAAUCAGCAGGAGGAAUCAAAGAAAGACAACAUCAAUGUUGUCCAGAUGAAGGAUUGGUCCAUGGUUACCAUAGAAACGGACCCCUGUGUUGGGGUCACCAGGAGAGCGUUGUCCGAAAUGAUGACGAAGAUAAAAGUGGAAGUAAAUAGGCUCUCCAAAUCAGAACUAAGGAGAAUAGAGAGAUACAUAGUGGACGUCAAUCUGAGCGCCAAGACCGCCCACCCGUCCCUCUCCGUCUCCGACGACAAGAAGCAGGUGAGGCAGACAGACAAGCGCCACGAGGUACCCGAUCACCCCAAACGCUUCGACCGUGUGGCCAACGUCCUGGGCAAGGACAGCAUCAGCGCCGGGAGGUGCUACUGGGAGGUGGGGGUCGGGGAGAAGAUGGAGUGGAACCUGGGCGUCGUCCGACAGUCCAUCAACAGGAAGGGCAGGUUCACCGUGUGUCCCGCUAACGGUUUUUGGACCUUGAGCUUGAAAGCAGGGGGACAGUAUGUUGCCAAUACUGCUCCGGUGACCACGGUGGCGCUGGAGCAGAAACCCAGGAAAGUUGGCAUCUUUGUGGACUACCCCGAAGGCCGCGUGUCCUUCUACUGUGCAGAGUCAGGAGUUCACAUCCACACCUUCACCGACACAUUUACAGACAGCCUGUAUCCUUUUUUCAGCCCUGGACGACUGCAUGGGGGAAAGAAUGCUGACCCUUUAAUCAUAAGCUCUAGUUUCUGCAGCAUAUAG